CCCUUUGAAAUUCAGACCUCCAAAUUCUCUCCCUCAAACCUUCAGUCCACCGCUCUCACAAAAUUUCAUAUUUCCGAAGAAUCUCUCUUUCAGCGUCGAAAUUACCAAAAAGCCCUCCCACCUUCCUCAAGCUCUAUGGCUCAGAACAAUUCUGCCUAACCGAUCAUCUUCCCCGCUCUCAGCUCAGCUCAACUCCGCUUCUCUCUGUUGUCUCGCUGCCUUUCUCCGACUGAAUUGCCAUCUCUCUCUCUCUCUCUGCUGAAAACCUCAACUGAAUUUCCAGAAUUUUUCAGGCGAGGUAGUAAAGGCGGUACCGGUGAAGCGCUAGGGUUAGGGUUUCGUUUCUGCUGCUUUCGGAAGGUUUCGCUUCAGUUGCGAAGAGUAAUUGAAGAUUAACUUGACUUCGAGCACAGUUCGUGACGGUUUAUUCCAGCACAUUGGAGAAUAUGGGCCAAGAUAUAAUCAAGCAGUUAAAGGGAAUGAAUGGGCAGGCAGUACCAGUUGGAUAUGGGAGUCCUAACAGUGAUGCUGGGCACGUAGUCCUUGGAUCAUCAAAAAGGUGCAGUUUUCAAGCACAGGAAAAGCUAUCCAGACCAUUUGUCAGUUUGGGCCAAGAUGUAACAAAUAGGUUAAAGUUCAAGUUAAAGCGAAUGGAAAUGCGAUCACUGGGAUAUGAGAGUCCCAAGGAUGAUGCUAGACAGGUAGUUCUUGAAGCAUCAAGGAGGGGCAGUUUUCUUCAAGCACCGGAAAAGCAUGCUAAAACAUUGGACGGUACGGGCCAAGAUGGACGUGCAGUACCAGUUGGAUUGGACAGUCCCAAGGGUGAUGCUACACACCCAGUCCUUGAAGCAUCGAAGAGUUGCAGUUUUCUCCAAGCUCCGGAAAAGCAUGCCGAAAUGUUUGAUAAUACGGGCCACAAUGGGUCUCCAGUACCAGUUGGAUUGGAUAGUCGCAAGGGUGAUGCUAGGCACCUAGUCCUUGAACUUCCAAAGAGUUUUCGUCAAGCACAGAAAAAGCGAUCUAAAACAUUGGCCAAUAGGGGCCAAGAUGUAACUAACAAAUCAAAAGCUUUGGAUUGGAAUGCAGUAUCAUUUGGAUGUGACAGUCCCAAGGAUGAUGCUAGGCACGUAGUCCUUGAGGCAUCAAAGAGCUUUCUUCAAGCACAUGAAAAGCAUUCUAAAAAAUUGGACAAUAUGGGCCAAGAUCUAACAGAGAAGUUAAAGGUCAAGUUAAAGUUAAAAAAGGGAUUGCAUGGGCGUCCAGUACCAGUUAGAGAUGAUGGUCUCAAGGGUGAUGCUGGGAAUCUAGUCCUAGAGGCAUCAAAGAGUUUGGAACAAAGUAUUGGUGGUUUGAUUGAUGGAGGUGGAAAUACUGAAGUAGACCAGCACACUCAGAUGGAGACUAAGUCGAUCAAGCCAAGACUUGUACGGAUAUCUGUCACGGAUGGUGAUGCAACAGAGUCCUCCAGCGAUGAAGAGGCUGAGCCCUUGGCCACUAGUCACCGAGUCAAGAAGUUCAUCAAUGAGAUUAUGAUCGAGUCCUCCUCCACAAAAACUGAUAGUGGUGUUUGGAGGAGCAGGACAACAAGGAUGUGGCGGAAGAAGACAGGUGGAAAAUCUGGACUUCCAGCUACUUGCCGAACGUUGAAGGCACAGACAACCUGGAAGAAGUUCCGCGGUGUGAAGGCACAGGCAACCAAGAACAAGUUCCUAGGAGUGAGGCAGAGACCAUGGGGAAAAUGGGCAGCAGAGAUUAGAGAGCCUCAUAGUGGUAGACGGCUCUGGUUGGGUACAUUUGAUACGGCUGAGGAUGCAGCUAUGGUGUACGACAAAGCAGCCGUUCUGCUGCGUGGACCUGACACUUUCACCAACUUCAGUACACCUCAGGUGGCAAAUGAAGAUGGCAAUUUGUAAUUGGAGGAGUUCUGUCAAGAUGAUUCAGAAUUAUGACAACGAUUUCUCUACGGUUAAGUAUAUACCAUGCAGCCAAAACCAUGGACACAGUUGGGAGUUUGGGACUGGAAAAUCAACGGUGAAAGUAGGCAGACCAAAGACUGCAUUGCACUUGUAUGUUCAACCAUUUGAUGAAUCCUUUUUAGCAAUUUUAGAUUUUAGAGUAGUGAUGUCAGAUUGUCGAGAUCUGAAACUUUUAUUGAACAGUACAUAAAUGAAUAUACUCUGAAAAAUACCAGAUUCUGUUUUAGCAAUAGUAGAGACUAAUGAGCCUAAUCUACCUUAUAUUGGCAUCCUAAUUAAUAGUUGGCUUCAUAUUUAUAUAUUUACACACACACACACACACACAGAUACAAGGAGAUAUUAUUUGCAGCCAAAUAAGUCAAUCUACCUCCAUAUUUAAUACUUCAACUUCUAAAUUUGUCAUCAAUGAUAAGGAGAAGCUCUUCUCAUGUGUGCUAUUAGUCAAUAUGCUUAAAGUAUUGCCAGACAUUGAAGGAGCAGACAAUGUUGGAUCACGCUGUGCUUCUUUCUUUUUCCUUUUUUAUUUUUAUUUUUUCACAGGAUGGUCAAGUGGAGUCUUCCAUAAUGAUGAAAUCAUUCUUUAUAUGUGCUGUCGACUACCAGGGUGCUGAGUUUGAUGUCACGAAUUCAUGAUCAAGUCGAUAUUGAUGCCUUAGACAUGCUUCUGGUGAAAUGUAUACCAUUCCUAGCUCAGUUGAUAACCCCAUGGUGGGAUUCAGUUGACAGCCUUCUGUUGGUCUGCAGGUCUCUUAAUUCUUCAUACGUUUGCUCUCAAUGAUGUUACUGCCAGAUCCAUGGUCUAUUGGACUUGACAUAAAGCACACUGAUGAAUGGAAGUUUCUGUUUCUCCUCAAUUCAGGAGCAAUAUUAUGUGCAAUUGUCUGAUCUAACUUGCCUCAGAAGUAGCGCAACAGAUACAGAGGGAAGGCCAAUUAUUUACAAAUUGCCUUCAAUGUCUUUCCUUUCCACAGGAUGAUCGAAGCAGUACUUAAGGGUUUUGGACUUUUGGUUUUCUGCUGAAAACUGUAUUGAAGAGUGGAUGUUGAAUUGAUAGGUUAUCUCAGAAGCUUUACCCUCAAGGAUGCUGAAAGUCAGGACUCAUGUCUUAUGUAUUAUUGAGUAUAUGUAUAUAUAUUGAUUAUGAAUUCCUUUAUAUAUAUUACAUGCACAUGUCAGAGUACAUCAAUUAGUAAAUUCCACUAGAGACUAUGGAAUGACUGAAA